AUGCGCCACAGAGUCGGAAACCCGAGUACGGAUCGAAAUCGAGCCGCAGGGAGCAUGGGAGAAUCUCCGCAAGUUUCGCGGGGGGCAAAGAGGACCGACUUAUCGACCGCUAUGGGAGCUGGUGGGAGUACACAGUCUUCUGCCGAGAGCAAUGCUACUCCUUCCGCGGCGUCCUGUCCUGUAGACCACAAGGCCCGCGAAGUCUGGCUCUCGCAAAACCAAAACGCGCCUCCUCAUCCUCUUCCGCCCUCAAAGCUCGAGGAGCCUUCCGCAUGCCCUGUUGAUCACAAAUCCAGGGAGGCCUGGCUCUCGGCCUCGAAUAAACCUACAAACUCUGCACCCGAAUCGCCCUCUGGCGCAAACACACCUCCAGCGAAGCUCUUCAGACCGCUAUCGACAGAGCGAGAAGUCAGCACCAUACCACGAGCUUUACCCAGUCAUUCUGAAAACAAAACGCCAUCCCAGCCCUCGUCCCCGUACGCCCAACUGCCUUCGUCCGCCGCAUCACACGCUUCUCCCUCGAAUUCCGAAACCGAAACAGGCCAUGACGAAGGCACGGGUAAUUGGGUCUACCCAUCCGAACGCCAGUUCUUUGAAGCUUUAAUGCGCAAAGGGACACCCACGUCUACAGGCUCCGCCAAAGAACUUGCCACAUCAGUAGCAUCCAUCAUACCGAUCCACAAUGCGGUAAACGAGCGGGCUUGGUCGGAGAUCCUAUCCUGGGAAUCUCGCGUACCGCCUUCGGAUCCAGGGAGUCGAAAAUGCGGUGGACCAAAGCUAUAUUCGUUCCGAGGAUUAGGCACUGAUAGCCAAUUCUUGAGCCCAAGGGCGAGACUCAAUGGCUUGUUGGGCUAUCAGCUUCCUUUUGACCGUCACGACUGGGUCGUGGAGAGAUGCGGCGGUGAAAAGGUUGAGUACGUGAUUGAUUUUUACCAGGGAAAAACUGGAGGCCGUUCAGGGUUGGGUGCUGGCGGUCCGGACGGAAAGCUCAGCUUCUACCUCGACGUGCGUCCCAAAUUGAAUUCGUUCGAGGGGUGGAAGAUGAGGAUUAGCCACAUUUUCGGAUUGUGA